CGUUCCUCAGGUUGCGCUGCCUGGAAACCGAGGGAGCCAUUGGAGAGGCGGAGGGUGGGGGUGGGGGCUCCCCGACCCUCGGAGGAGCCAGGGCGCAGGCGGCCGAGGCGAGCCUAGAACCCGGCUCCGGAGUGAGGGCGCGGGCGGAGGAGGACUGAGCCUCCGGGGAGGAGGAGCCGGGAGGAGGCCGGAGCUGCAUGGAGUUUCUGGGGCGCGCAACUCCGGCGGGGCCUCGGCCACUGCGCUCCGGGGCGCAGCGCGGCAGCCGCGCACAUGGGCUGAGCCCGCGCGGCCGGCGGCAGCGGGAGGGGUAGAGGAGCGCGCGGGGCGGGGUGCGGGGUGCGGGGCACGCGUCCCCAGGCGGGAGCGGAGGACGCAGACAGGGAGGCUCGCGCCCAGAUCGCGCUCCGAGUCGGCGAGGGGGCUCGUGCCGGUGCCGGCGCGCGCGUGGGGAGCGGCCCGGGGGCGCCGAGGGAGCCGGCGGUGGCAGCGAAGAUGCCGGCGCGAGGACGAGGCUGCCGGCGGGGGGUGUGAGCGAGACGCUGAGCGCUGCCGGCGCGGCGCCUCCAUUCCGCGCCGCCCCCUCCCUGCCGGCCUCGGAGGAAGCCCCCCGUGCGGUGCGGAGGCGCGUCGGCUGCCCGGCUGCGGGGCCCCGGCCCAGCGUGAGGGAAAAGAUGCCAUUCCACCAUGUGACCGCCGGCUUGUUGUACAAGGGGAAUUACCUCAACCGAUCGCUCUCUGCUGGCAGUGACAGUGAACAGCUGGCGAACAUCUCCGUGGAGGAGCUCGAUGAAAUCCGAGAGGCCUUUCGGGUUCUGGACCGGGACGGGAAUGGCUUCAUCUCCAAGCAGGAGCUGGGCAUGGCCAUGCGCUCUCUGGGGUACAUGCCGAGCGAGGUGGAGCUGGCCAUCAUCAUGCAGCGCCUGGACAUGGACGGGGAUGGCCAGGUGGAUUUCGAUGAAUUCAUGACCAUCCUUGGCCCCAAGCUGGUGUCUUCAGAAGGUCGCGAUGGUUUUCUUGGAAACACGAUAGACAGCAUAUUCUGGCAGUUCGACAUGCAGAGGAUAACUCUGGAGGAGCUGAAGCACAUUCUCUAUCACGCCUUCCGAGACCACUUAACGAUGAAGGACAUCGAGAACAUCAUCAUCAAUGAGGAGGAGAGCCUGAAUGAGACCUCGGGGAACUGCCAAACAGAGUUCGAAGGAGUGCAUUCCCAGAAGCAGAACAGACAGACCUGCGUCCGGAAGAGCCUCAUCUGCGCCUUCGCCAUGGCCUUCAUCAUCAGCGUCAUGCUGAUUGCAGCCAACCAGAUACUCCGCAGCGGCAUGGAGUAGCAGCCUCCCGCCAGCCACACCACGCUGCAGCUCACCGCGCACGUGCAUGCCCCGCGGGCAGACUCUUCCUCCACACAGCAGACACGGACCCACGGACGAUGGAUGGACGCGGACGAUGGGACCGUUCCGUAAAGAACCCAUGAUUGAGUGCGACUGGGGUUGCACUUCAGCUUCAUCUCCUUGGCAGGGACACUAAAGGGCUGUCUUCCGUGCUUUAAUGGUUUUGUUUUCUAAUGCAAUAAAUAGCCAGGAUUUCUGAAUUAUUGCUUCAACCGUCAGUCAUCACUCUAGAGAAACACUUCAUCUCAGAAUUCCAGCGGCCAUUUAGGUACAAUGAUGAGAGAGCAAGAGAGAGGCAUGAACACAGUCACCUCCACUCCCCAUUCUUUCAACCCAAGGUCCAACAGGAGACUCUGCUGAGGUCCACCCUCAGUUCCAAGAGACUGACUUCUGGGUUGCCACAGAAGAGGGGGCUUUCCAUCUCAUCUGGCUUCCUUCCUCCACCCAAUGGAGACCCCCCCCAAGGCAUGAGGGGAAAGCCAUUAAGUGGGGUGCAGCCCCUGGCGGUCUUCAGCUGCACCCCUCCCCACUGCUUCCGUUCUUACUGCCUUUUCUAGAGGACUCCCAUUGGUAGAGCUGGGGUGCUCUCUGUUUCCGUCGGCACUUGGCUUUCUGUUUCUAGAGCCCAUCCCGCACCAGCAUUUUGGAACCUGCAGAGAGAGCCUAUCUCCCAGCUUUGCCGCCUGUGCUGCCAUUAGAGAAAAAAGAAGCGUAAUUGUGGGCAUCUCUAUAACAUAGACAUAUAGAUUUGGCUUCUUCGUGUGUGAUGUCAUUCUUCCCCAAUUGCUUAAACCUACUAUAAGCUUGUCCUCCCUCCCACACUUAUCCCUGCUGCUUUGGGGUAGGGGUGAGGCAGGUUGCGGGAGGAGGGGACUGAGACUGGUGGUGAGGUUUUGACACCCACACCCAGCCAUCCGGAGUCAUGGAGACUCGCCACAUCUCUAUGCCGGAUGACCUUUGUAAGUUAAGGUCCUUGUGCAUCUUACCUUUUCCUCACCUUGGAGUUUGCUUUGUUAGUCCUCCCCAGCUAAAAAGAGAAAUGCAAUCCAAAAUGGAGAGAUGGAGAGAUCGAACUACUGUAUUUGAUGUCAGCUUUUCUGGCCUUCAGAUUCUGAAACUGAUUCAUUUUCAGGAGGUGAGGGGAAAAGAUGUUCAUGAGUUUAGCCAACAGGACAGGUAAUCUACUUCUGCCUGCAGAACACUUUCAUUGCGGAAGGGAACCGAAUCCAAGGAUCUGUUUUCAACACCAUUUCAAGUCUGUAAUUUCCUGACUUUCCUAGAUGUCCGCCACUACUAUUAAUUCAAGCUUGUGUGUGUAGUCACAUUGGCCGAUAAUCUCUAGGUAUAAUCGUUCCCUUUGUACUUUUCCAAGCUCAGGUCUUUAUUUUGUAAUGGAAUUACCUUGCUCCUACUUCUUUUGAUUACAUCCCAAAGCUACAUGCUUUCCCGCUUUCCUCAGUAUCGAGGCACCAGAAGCCUUCUUGUCUCCAUGCAGUGGGUAGGGUUUUUAGCGUGUUGAAUGUGUCUGAUCCCCCGCUCAGCUUUCUCCCUACCGCCUUCUCAGACUUGGAGCACCCAAGGUCCCCAAUGAGACUUUUCUCAUUCACCUCUGCAAGUGCUCCUGGCAACAGCCUGGGGGCGGCUGUAGAAACUUUCCCUUGGUGGGAGAGUAUGAAUAUUUCUGAUGAGCACAAGUAAAACUAGGGUUAGAGCCAUAGUAUGGAGGAGGGAGCAGGUGUAAGCUCCCAAGAGCCUGGGGGAUUGCACGUCCCUCUGCAAAACUUCCUGGAGUUCAGCCCAGCAAGGCCAGACCAAGGAGGCAGCAACCUGCCUUUCCCCUUUGCCUGCCCUGCCGCCUGCACACUGCAUGCCUGCCCCUGCCACUGCUCCCACUGGCUGACUCGCCACUGUCCUCUUAGGAUUAGAAUCUGCACUAGAACAGGUCCAAAUGCAGAACACUGAUACAUCAAACUUCACCCUUAAUCUCUGCCCUGGAGAGUUUGCCCUCUCCCGACUGGACUUGGAUGGGAGGGCAUAGCAGAUCUGGAAGGGAUAUACUUUCCUGUCUUUCUCUGACCCCUGAACCACCAAACCAUAUCCUCCUGGAGACAGGCGUGCAGGACCCUCAGUAGACUGGGUAGAAACCCCGGGGAUGAUUCUUCAAAGCCCCCUUCCCAUGCGAGGGGACUAAAAUGGGACAGCUGAGGCUGGUCUUCGGGGCAGACAAUGAGUACUUCUUCAAAGGCGGCUGUUCUGCGAGUUCUCCUGCCUCCUGCUGGAGAACAGCGACCCUAAAGGAGGCGGGGUUAGAUUUCAUUGGCAGAAAGGUUAGUUGCUGUGCAGGAGUGCAUAGGAAAAGGAGUUCUGGAGAGGUGCCAUCAUCCUGUUUCCUACAAAGCCUGCAGGAUUCCUUCCCUAACGGUGACCCUUCUCAUUCCCAGUGACCUGGAAGCAAGCCCACCCUCCCCAGGGGAAAAUCUAAGAGAAUGCAUUCCUCUGGGGACUGCUAGAGACGGCAAGAAGAAAGACACAGAAUUCUGGUGGCCUGGGAGUUAACUUCCCACCCUGGUACCCCCCAGGUGGCACCCAGGGACUGAAAGACACAGUGCAUGGAGCCGGCGCUGAGCUGGCGGCAUUCCUUAGACUUCAGGAGCUCGGAGCUGGUCCUGAUGACUUUCACCCGUGCUGCUUUUGCUUGGAGAGUUUCUCUUGGGUAUAGAGAAGGCUUCUUUGUCAGGCAGCAACUCCCAGCCCUGUUCACACAAAUUUAAUGCCAGGCUCCCAUGCCAGUCAGCGUCCCCAUCAUGGUGGCUUUAAGUUCAUGGCCAAAGGGUCCAGAAGGUCCUGGUUUCCUGUGCCCAAAGAAUGCCAUGUAGCCCCAGCUGGAGGUGACUUCUGUAGGAAUUGCGAGGGAAGAGCCCACCUCUUGCUCUGUCCUCCAGCUAAUAGACUUAGGAACCAGUGACCUUGGCAGCCCAACGGAGAGGUGGCUGAGUGAUUGACAAAGACAGCUUGGCUCAUUCUUGCUGCAAGAACAGGUGCCCUCCCCCCUGCCCCAGAAAACAGAAGUGAUGAUCAAGAAGGCAUUCUCCUUGGGAGAGAAGGGGAAAUGGACCCUGAACCCCUUAAUCCCCAAAGAAGUUGUGCCCCACCACUUCAGAUACCAACAAAACCCCCAAACAGAAUUGCAUCAGAACUAUUAGCAGUGGCUUCCCGCAUGUGCAUGGGUGUCACGUGACUGAUCUGGGGAAAAAAAAAAAAAAAAAGAGGGAUAUUACUAUGGCAACCCUUACAUUCCACCCCGAGUUUGCCAAGGCACACGAAAAUAGGGAACACUCUUAAAGUACACUCCAGUUUAGCCUGAGUGCAACCUGACUCUUCAUCUGUAUCCUUCUGGGAGAGGCAAUGACUCUCAAAGAAUCUGGGGGGUUUCUCUGCCUGUUUGUCUUGUGUUUGAACUUGUCCUGCUUACUCAGGAGAACAGGAGCUACCUGUAAGCCCUGGUAUCUCCCCAUCCCUACUCCGAACCUCUCCUCCCAGGGUUCAGAGCCAGGGUCCCUUAAUCUAGGCAAAUAGGCAGAAAUAUCAUCUUGGAAGGCAAACAAGAUUUUAAGCCUCCAGUCUUUAAAAGCAGCGCUUGCCUGUUGAGACACACUCCCGUAAGCCAGACGUGUGACCUCUGGCGAACUGAGGUUUACAUGCGGUCUUAGGCAAGCCCAGUGGUUUCAGAAGCGUCUGUGUGUUUUAUUUGCAGAGAACAAGAUGUGUCUUACGAGUCUCCUUUCUCGGUACCUGCUCUGUCUCAAAUUUCACUUGAGAAAUGGUCUACGAUCUUGUGGUUAUCCAAAAGAGCCUGUCAAAGAUGAACAGCUCCUUUUGACAAUAAUGCCCCUCCCAGCUUCCCAUUCGCAGAAUUGUAAAGUGAUACGUUUCAGAACUGAGAGAGACAAAUUUACCUUUGAUUCCAAAUGCCUCCUACUAGGCUUAAGUCCAGACUCAGGUCAUAAAUCAAAGACAGUUUUGCACGUUGCUCUUCACCUAACUCUAGCAGUUUCCCUGAGGCCCUCUGAGGACAUGGACAGAAAAUAAAGGAUGUAAGCACCCAGGAGAGCUCCCUGGUUUGGGCUGGCCUGACCACGUGUGGGAUCCGAGUUUGCCGUGUCCUUGCCGUCCUUCCUUGCAGAAGCUGCUAAGCUCUGCUCCUCCUAACUGCAGGUCUCAAACCCCAUUGGGUCAUUUUGCCACGCCAUUUCACCAAACGCCUGCAGUCAUGACAUUUUUCACCAUUUCACCAAGAUAAAGGGAGGGUCUAGAAUUCCCCUGCAAGGCAGGGCCCCUCUUCCUACAGCCCCGUAAUGAGUCAGAUGAACUAAGAUUAAACUUCUAGACUUCAGCACAUCCUGCUUGUAUAUAACCAGGAGGUCUGCAGAGCUGAGACCCCUUUGCAGACAUCUGUCUGAAAAGACCUCACAUCAGAGAACAUUGUCAUUGGUCUCUGCAGUGAUCCCCAUGGAGCUCAGAGUCCAUAACCUAAAGACUUUACUGUAGCCACCUUCCCUCCACACCUGAUUGCUCCACUGCCCCAGAAGGGAAGAAUCCAUCUGAAUUAGAAAAGAAGUAUCAAGCGCGGGGCAGGGUGGGUCACGCCUGUAAUCCCAGCAUUUGGGGAGGCUGAGGCAGGUGGAUCACUUGAGGUCAGGAGUUCAAGCCCAGCCUGGCCAACAUGGUGAAACUCCAUCUCUACUAAAAAAAAAAAAAAAAAAAAAAUUAGUACUCUGGAGGCUGGGGCAGGAGAAUCACUUGAACCUGGGAGGUGGAGGCUGCAGUGAGCUGAGAUCGUGCCAUUGCACUCCAGCCUGGGGGACAGAGUGAAACUCCAUCUAAAAAAAAUAAUAAUAAUUUAAAAGAAAAGAAGCAUUAUUCACCGGCUAAGACUUUUCAAUUUGAAUCAUUUAAAGUGAUGGCAACAUAGAGGAGAAUUUGGGCUGCCUCUCACGACCUGAUAAUAUCCGGUCUCUGGUAAUUCCAGGGUCACAGCUGUUCAGCUUCACUUCAUACUGCGUUCACUAAGUCACUCAGGGGACUGUCCUCAAUUUUUCAGCCCUUUUUGGCCUUGCCACAAAUUGUUGAUGGUCCAUUUUGCAUUGCCAUAAAGGGAUACCUUAACACUGGGUAUUUUAUAAAGAAAAGAGGUUUAUGUGGGUCACGGUUCUGCAGGCUGUAUGAACAAGGUAUCAGCAUCUGCUUGGCCUGUGGGGAGGCCUCCGGAAGCUUCCACUCACGGUGGAAGGUGAAGGGGGAGCAGGCACGUCACACGGAAGGAACAGGAACAAGAGAAAGGAGAGGAGGUACCAGUUUCCUUUUCUUAAUAACCAGCGAUUUUAUGAACUAGUAAAGUGAGAAUUCACUCAUUACCCACAGGGAGGGCACUGAGUCAUUCAUGAGGAAUUUGUCCCUGUGACCCAAAUGCCUCCCAGCAGGCCCUACCUCCAACAUUGGAGAUCAACGUAAAACUGGGAGGAAACAAAUAUCCAAACUGUGUGAUUGGUCCGGAGGAAUGAGAUCAGUGACACCAAUGGGCUACGCAUUUCUCUCAGUAUCCUAUGCUCACUGCUAACGUACGUGGUCAUUUUGACAGUACGGUUUCUCCUUCAUAUUCAUUUGGGACUCUUCAUAGGGUCUCAAGAGACAUGAUAAUGAUGUUCACAUGUCUCCAAGGCAAAUUCAGUUUUAUUCCAUUGGCUUGAAAUAUACCACAAAGAAUGAGGUUUUUCCAGUCCCCCCCCCAAGACGGUCCUCUGAAAGUGGAUGAAGCUUGACCAGCCGCCUGCCCCCGGCCCUGACCUUGGGCUGGUUCAUCCGUUGAGCACAGCCCCCGUGCCGAGCACAGACUCACCCCUCUCCUUUCCUCAGGUGUGACAGGUUGGCUUUCAAACUAGUGCUUCUCAAAUGGCUACAGGUUAUUAAGUUGUUGCCCAAGUGGAAAAGACACAGAGGCUGGAAUUUUCCUGUGGCAUAGAAGAGCAGGCUGAUUAGGAAGAAAUAUUCCAGGGAACGCAAGAUGCAGCUGUGAUACUGCUCCGUCUCUGGACCUGAGAGACAAAGAAAGUUCUUAAAGGGCUGCAGAUGCCGUCCUCUGAAAGUCUUCUCCAGGUCGCUGGCCUACUUUGGAAACACGCAGGGCAUCGGGUGUCACGGGGCUGCCCAUCAGUCUGAUCCACCUGACAGGCUCUGUGAAUUUCAAGAGCAGGCUGGUAGCUCGCCAUUCCUGGGAGGAUUCUGACAUCUGUCAAGCCCAGAAUGCCUCUCCCAGGGUGCUCAGACCUGUUGAACGGAGGCCAGGAGAGCAGAGGAGAGAACCAGAACUGCGGUUGGUGCUGCCAGAUGGGGGAAAGCACAGAAGGUGGGACUCCUCCACCAUCUAGGUUACGUUGAGUGACAUGUCUCCCUGGCUCCAGGUUUCUCUAAAGCCAGAGGAAAAGUAAAGCAGACAAGCCCUCCCAUCUGUUUCGUCUGAAACAACACAGAGUGAAUGCUCCCUUCUGAGAGGGUCCGAAUUUCCCCGGUGAAUUGCACUAGGAGCCGGCAGCUCCUUUUGAACACAAGUCCCAAGAGGCAGCUGUGAUAAAGUCUCUCUUUUGGUGUCUGCUGUUUAUAAAUGAAACCAUGCAAAUUGGUUUACGUCAAGUGUGUCAUAUCUUGCAGGCAAGAGGUUUUGUUUAUUACCUAAGGACUUGCCGGCUGGAGGGAGCAUCAAAGAUGAGCUUUCUGCCUUUGUCUUGGCAAGUGUGAAAAUAAGGGAAGUCAGCCACCUCCCCAAGGGUCACGUGAAUCAGAAUUCAGGAGAAAGUUGGGGGAAACAAGCCCAGAUUCCAAGAAGAGCUAUUUAUUUGCUUAUUUUUCCAUCUGAGAAAGCCUUGCCGAAAGCUACUGAAUAAAGAGCACAAUUUCCAGCUAUUUCUUUCUUUCCUCUUUUUUUCUGGCUACUGUAGCAGCAAUUCCAGUACAGGUUGAUAGUGGGUUCUGAUUAUUCCUAAUACCACAGAAGGGAGAGUCACAAUCUCUGGUGACUGUGAGGAAUUCGCUUAAUUCUCCCAGGGGACGGGUCACCUGCGAACGCCGUUUAAUGGCUGGCGAGGGAUGCUGAGUGUUGAGGGGUGCCUGCUGUUGAGGUGACCCAGCCAUGACCAGGAAGAGAGUGGCUGCAGGAGCCACAGGUCUCUUUUUCCCUCUUCCUAAAGCAGACUAACGUCCCAGUCAUUGUUUUUCUAACAAGCCCUGUUGUUCUCCCUGGAAAAGACCUAGAUUGGCCGAGAAAGGAUCCUCUCAGCUCCUGGUGGAGAGCUGCACAAGCCAGUGUGUCUCGACUCUCUCCAAGGAAAAUUAAAGCAUAUUUUCUCUUUCUUAGCUCAAAAUUCGCUUUCAGGGGUCCUUCAGUGGCUUCUUAGUGGGGUCUGAUUUUCUUCCCCAGUUCUGAACCAGGAAGAAGCUAUUUCUCCAAGGGCUAAGCAAAGACAAUGACUUCAGAGAGCAGUUAGACUCAGAAAGUCUGUCCAGGCAGUGGGUUGGUGAAAUGUCACCUGCUGGGAGGGGAGGAGGGGUCGCGGUGACCGUAGCAGUCAUUAGACUUGGGAUGUGAGUUGUCUCUCAAAGCACAGUAGUAAAUGACCGUAAUCUUUGCCCUGAUACGUUGGGUGUAAAUAGAAGCACAGCGGGGGAUUGAGCACAGCCAGGCCCACUGGAGCUUGGAAGCUCUCAUAUCUAGAAUGAGCCACUAAGACUGAACUCACUGAUGACCGUCUCCCCACUUACCUCAUUUGCAUUCCAUUUCUCUCAUUCAGUAUUAGUUGAUGAUUUCUGCUCUUAAGUGAUGAGAAAGUCAGCAGACUAGUCAAAAAAGAAUCUUUAUAUAAAGUGUACAUAUUAAUAUAAAUUAACUUAGCAUGCAACUCACGGAUCAAAUGAAGUAUAUAUUAUUAAUAUGUUACCUUAGUGUAUAAAGGAAAACUGCCAUAUUUACCAGAGUUUUCUUUAACCAAACUUGUCUGUAAAUAUAUAAUCUGUAUAAAAGAGUCUAAUUUACCAUUAUUUAUGCAAUAGAAAAAAAUAAAAGUUUUUUUUUCUUUUGA